CACAGCUUAUCCUUCUCUUCCCACUCUUUUCCCAAUAUUUCCUCCUUUUCUUAACUUGUGAUCUAGCCGCCAUCGCCUUCCCUUCCUCCACAGCUAGCCAUCUGACGUUCCAUCUUUUCCUUGCUUCUUCCGCCUUCGUUGAAUUCCGCGUUACAAUGGCCGGAGUUGCGGCUCCUGGUCCUUCAGACUCAAAUCAGGCAAACGCACCCACGCCUGGGGCUCCGUCGAUCAGUGCAGAGUCAACAGGCGAUGCGGUCGUUCAGUCAACCCAGAGCGGGGAAGCUGCCGCCUCGGGAAAUGCCAACGCACAGCAAUCCCAGCAGCCACCGCAGCAACUGUCGCAGCAGCAACCACAGCAGCCGCACCCUGGCUUACCGCAAGCGACUGAUCAGCUGCACCAGCAACAGCAGCAGCAGCAGCACCUGCAGCAGCAGCAGCAGCAGCACGUUCAGAUGGCAUCGGAUCCUAAUGGGAACGUGUUCUAUGCUGCGGGAAACGGAUUCGUCCCGCACUACUUCUAUGAUUAUUCUUCCGAUCCGGGGAGGUUCACCCACGAGCAGUGGGAGGAGUACAUGCGCAUGGCUAAUAGUGGCGCUCCCGGAGGGGGCCCGCCGCUUGUUGGGCUCAUGCCGGAAGGCGUAGAAGGCCACCAGUCCCAGAUGUACGCGCCACACCACUUCCAGUUCCAGCCGCCUGUCUUCCCGCCCCCCGUUCCUCCUCCCCCUGCUGAUCCAUCGAAGCUCGCGGCGCUGCCCGAUCAGCUGAAUCAGCCCGCCGGUUCGUCGGCACCAGCACCGGCUGACGCCAUGGCCGGCCCGCUGCCCCUCCUGCCGGGCCAGCCCAUGCCCGCGGGGAUCCCUCCGCCGCAUCUUGCGCACAUGCAGAUGCACGGAGUCCCCCCCAAUGGCGUCAUGCCGCCUCAAGGCGUCCCCCUGCCCGGCGGCCCCCCUCUCCCCGGAGCCCCAGGCGCUGCGCCAGGAGCGCCCAUCCCCAUGGGCCGCGGACCCCCUGGCGCAAGCUUCGGAAACCCCGCUGCAGGCAUGCACGGGCGCGGCGGAAUGGGCCCGGGAGGCGGGCGGGUAUGGCGGGUAUCCUGGGGGGUUAUGAUGAUGGGGGGACCUGGGGGCGGUCGUGGGGGUCAGGUGCAAGGCAACGGCAUGCAUGAGGCUGUGAACGAGCAGAACCGCGGGCCAAGGACCAACCGGGCGGGGCGCGGGAAGCAGCCGCAACAGCCGCUGGCAGCAACAGCAGGGGAUGGCAGUGCUGCCGGUGCGGCUGCUGCAGCGCCAGGAGCAACGGCAGGUGCACAGGGCGCAGCAGCAGGAUCAGCUGCUGCUGCCGGCAACCCCGCCGCCGCUCCCGCUGCUGGAGGUGCUGCUGGUGAUGCUGCAGCAGCACCAGCGGAAGGUGGUGCCCCGAAUGCUGGCAAUGCCGUGGGGCUUCCCGCGCUGGCUGGCACUCCCGGCUUCCUUGCUUUCCCUGGCAUGCCCGGCGGUCCUGGUGGCCCUGCUGCCCCAGGGUCAUUCCCCACACCCGGCAUGGCCCCCCCUCUAGUCGCGCCUGGCAAUGCUGCCGCCGCCGCCGCUGCUGUAGCGAGCGUGGGCGCGCCGAAUCCCUGGAGCCUUGUACAGGGUAUGGAGGAGAUCAAUAGGGCGGAUUUCCCGGUGACGUACCAGGCCGCGAAGUUCUUUGUGAUCAAGAGCUACAGUGAGGACGACGUGCACAAGAGCAUCAAGUACGGCGCGUGGGCGUCCACGCCGAAUGGGAACAAGAGGCUGAAUGCUGCGUUCCAGGAUGCGGCUGCCAAGGCCACUGCCACUGGGUCGCGGUGCCCCGUGUUCCUCUUCUUCUCGGUGAACGCGAGCGGGCAGUUCUGCGGUGUGGCGGAGAUGAUGUCCCCCGUGGACUUCCAGCGGUCGGUAUCGUUCUGGCAGCAGGACAAGUGGAACGGGCUGUUCACGGUGCGCUGGCACGUGAUCAAGGACGUGCCCAACGCGCACUUCCGCCACAUGCUCAUCGCCGCUAACGAGAACAAGCCUGUUACCAACUCGCGCGACACCCAGGAGGUGCCGCAAGAGCAAGGGCAGCAGAUGCUGCGCAUAUUCAAGGACUACAUGUCGCGCACCUCCAUCCUGGACGACUUUGACUUCUACGACAAGAGGCAGAAGGCCAUGCAGGCGCGCAAGGAGCGCCUGCAGCACCAGCAGCACCACCAGCAGCACCCGCAGUUCCAGCACCCACAGCAGCAGCAGCACCACCCGCAUCACAUGCAGCAGCACCCACACCACAUGCAGCAGCAUCCCCACCAGCACCCGCACCACCGCCAGCAGCAGCACAUGCUGGCGUUCCCGCCCCUGCAGCAUCACAACCAGCAGCCGAACCCGCACUACCAUGGCGGGCCAUAUGGCCGUGGGGGCAUGCAUCGGCACCAGCGUGCCUACCAUCCCAACCAAGGGCGAGGCCAGCCCAUGCAUUCAACCCAGCCAUCUGCUCCUGGCGGCCCUGCAGGGUCGUCCCCUGCUGAGGCUGAGGCAUCAGCAGCAGCCGCUGCAGCAGCAGCAGCAGCUGCAGCAGCCACCACUGCCACCCCUGCUGCAGCGGACCAGGCUUCUGCCCCCUCUUCCGUUGCGGCUGAUACAGCACCUGCUGCCGGUGCUGCCUCUGCUGGGGCGGCAGACGUUGCUGCUGCUGCGGAUGGGGCCUCUGCUGCUGGUGCCGGUGGUGGUGCGACUGCUGCUGGCAGCGCUCCUGUGACUGUUGGAGAGGUGACUGAAGCGAUGGGGUCUUUGCAGGUGGGUGGUGCAGCAGGGGGGGGAGCAGCGGCAGCACCUGGCUCUGAGACUGCUGCUGCUGCUGCUGCUGCUCCACCGGAGGCCUCCAAGUGAUCACACAUCAGAGAGGUUGGGGCGAUGGGGUUUGGACUGGACAGGUGCGCUGUGCUAUGGGGUGAGGCUUGUGCCUGCUGCUUCUCCAUGCCCUGGCUCUUGAUCGGAAGGUCGUGGAUCAAGGGACAUGGGUUCCGAAUGCUGGAUGGGUGGGUGAGUGGGAUUCCAAGACUUUUCUUUUCCCAGGAGGGGGAAGGGGUGGGUGGCUGGGUGGGUGUGUGGGUGUGAGGAUGUUUGUGGUUCCGGAUCGGGGGCAUGGGGAUGGAUGGAUGGAUUAUAGAUGUCUCUGGUUUUCUCUAGUGCAUUUUGAGGUGGGUCACCUUGAAGACACCUUUUCCAUGGGGUGGAAAUAGAACCGCAGAUUGCUUUAGCCCUGGUUGAGAGGAGGGAUGGGGCUUUUUUGGGCGGCGGUGAGGAAUGUUGAGUGGGAAGGUUGUUGUGGCGUACAGCUGUCCCUUCGAGUGAUGUGUUUAGGCAGACCUUGGGAUUGGAUGGCCGGGGCCCUUCUACUUAAGGGAGGCGAGUGGAAUGGAGGGGAGCAGAGGCAUUGAUCCAAGAACUAAGGCUGUGGAUGGAUGGGUGGAUGUCGACUAUGGUUUGCCUGGCGACAUUGAGGUUUUACCACCUGGGUUGAUGGGAUUGGAUCUUUUGGGGUUGCCAUCUUGGGAAUGGGAAGGGAACUGACUUAUGUGGAACUGGAGGCACUAGGAAGUGGAGAUACUUUCUAUUAUGGUGGCAUUUGGUUAGGCAGCAUCAUGGUGUGACAUUAUUUCAUGCUACUGAACGAAACAUAUUCACGCAA